AUGGCAAGCUCAAACUCAACUAGCCACACGCCAGACAAGCCAUAUUCAGUUGUCAGCGAGGCUGCAAAUGUGCUGAAAGAUGGUAUCUUGAACCAUCCUCAGACUGUACAACAUCUCAUCAGUGGAUUGGAUAAAUAUGCAGACCUCAUUUCAUUUGAGGGCUCCGACAACCCUUCCUUGCCUGUGAAUUGGCGAUUUGCGGAGAGCAUAGCCGCUCUGAAAGGAUUGGAGUCCAUAUAUGUCAAUGCCAUCUUGGAGAAAGUGUAUGGCGUAGCACCUCAAAAAGUGAAAAUUAAUACCGAUCAUGCGCUACUAUUUAUCAUGUCUCUUAUGCUUUGGUCCAUUGACCCUGAGGGGCGUAAUGUGACCUUUGGGGAUACUCGCACUGAUCCCUCUGCCAAGGCGUUGUAUCAUAGCCUUUUCAAGGAUUAUGAUGUCCAUAGAUCUUUGGAUGGGCCUUAUCGGUGCUGCACGUCAAGCAUGUACAAGACCAAAGACGGCAAGUUCUAUCAUAUCCAUGGAUCUAUGAACCCAGAUAGAAUUCUCGAUAUGUUGAAUCUUCCUCGAGAGCCUCCGACGGAAGAUACUUUCGAAAAGCUGGUGCCGAUAUUUGCUGAAAAGGUCGGACAACUGAAUAGCGACGAGCUGGACAAAUUAUCAAACGACGUGUGGAAGCAAGCUGGAUCCAUUUGUUAUCCCCCUGACGAGUACAAGGCCACCGAACACGGUAAAGCCAAUGCCCACGUCGGCCUUUGGGAAACGUGGAAGGCAAAUGAACACCAGGCUCCAAGUUGGUGGACUGACAAUGGGAAGAAGCCUAGCGACCCGUCUCGCCCAUUGGCAGGAUUGAAAGUUCUGGAUGCUACUAGAAUUAUCGCUGCUCCCAUUGUCUCUCGUGGUCUGGCCGAGCUUGGAGCAAGUGUACUCCGUAUAACCUCGCCGUCUGUCCCGGAUGCGACGCUAUAUCAUCCAGAGUUGAACUGGGGCAAGUGGAAUGCGUCACUUGACUUUAAAAAGGAAGAGGACCGACAGAAAAUGAAGGAGUUAAUAUUGGAAUGCGAUGUGUUCAUUUCGAGCUACCGCCCCAAAGCAUUGGCGAAAUAUGGGUUUGAUGCAGACGACGUGUUGGAAAUGUGCAAGGGUCGUGAAAAGGGCAUCAUUGUCGUCAGAAUGAACUCGUACGGUUGGAACGGACCAUUACAGGACCGGAGCGGCUGGCAGCAGAUCUCUGACGCUUUUUGUGGUGUUUCCUACGAAUUCGGUCGCGCCAUGGGCAAUGACGAGCCAGUCACUGCUAUAUUCCCCAAUACCGACUUUUGUGCUGGUAUCAGUGGCAUUUGCGCCGUCAUGGAUGCAGUAAUCCGAAGAGGAGAGACUGGCGGCUCGUACAAAGUAAACCUGGCUCUUGACUACUACACCAAUUGGCUAAUUAACAAUGUCGGAACAUACCCUGAAGACAUUUGGAAGCAACUUUGGGGAAGAUAUGGAUCGCCGGUCUUCCGACACCACGACCAUAUGCUCCAGCUUCUAUUCAGAAUUAUGCCGCUACUGAAAGAGCGAUCUGGUUACUUAUUCGACCCAUCCUACUUUGAGACACGUCCCGCUCCGAAUCUUGGUGUCUCUUUGAGAACAGUAAAGCCUGUCUUGCAGUUUCCGGAUGGAGUGGUGAAACCUGGUUUCACGAUUGGAACUAGAGGGAAUGCAGUGGAUAAGGCACAAUGGCCUGCAGAUUUGACAACACAGGUAAUUGUAUAG